AUGAUCUCCUUGGAGGAUCUCCUGCUGGACCAAAAUCGACUCAGGGAUCUGCCAGAGCAGGUAUGCUCAUUGCCAAACCUCAAGUCUCUGUCUGUGAGCCAGAACCUCUUGAAAAGACUACCAAAGGCGCUGGCCUCUAUGAAGGGGUUGAAGAAUCUGAACGUUGGUGACAACUUCAUUGAAGAGAUUCCAGUGGAGCUGGGGCAGUGCAAAGAGCUACAAACGCUGUAUUUGCACCACAACAGCUUCACCACCCUUCCUGGCAGCAUGGCGAGCAUGGAGAACUUGCAGGAGUUGGCCCUGGAGUGGUUUAGAUACACAACGCCACCUCUGCCGCGGGUCAUCAAGGGCUCGGAAUGGCAGCGCAUCAUCACCAAGCUCCGAGACCUUUGCCGCGACAAGAAGGAUGGUCGAGUCACUUGCAUUGAGGUUCUCUCCGAAUUUUCCCAAAAGGCUUUUGAUGCAAAUGCCAUCGAUUCCAAGCGUCGAACCAGGCUUCACGUGGCAUGCCUGGAAGGGCAUGUGGGUGUGGCUCUUGCUUUAUCGGAAACUGGGCAAAGGUGUGAUACAUUGGACUGUGAAGGCUAUUCACCGCUGUUGGUGGCAGUCCGGGAGGAGCACCCAGACAUUGCCAGUGCUUUGGUCAGGUCUGGAGUUGAUGUCAAUCGUGGUGGCGGUCUUUUUGGAUCUCCAUUGCAUGUGGCAACGGUUAACUUCGAUCCACAAAUGGUGAACCUGCUCAUCCGCGGGAAGGCUUUUGUGAAUCAAACUGAUGCCGAUGGCAACUGUCCACUGCAUGUUCUGAUGUCAGUCUUUGACAAGGGUGGCAAGCGUGCUGGAAUAAUUGGAAAGAUUCUUUUGCAGAACAAAGCUGACUGCAACAUGAUGAACAGCGACAAGUGGGCUCCCUUGCAUUUGGCUGCAAGAAGAGGCCAACUCCGAGGGAUUGCCUUUGUGCUGAGUCACCUGGACAGCGCAGACGCCGCCUGUCAGAGAGGAAGUUGUGGCCAUGAGCCGGAGAAGAAGCAGGCGUACAUCAGCAGGGUGCGAACAUGUCCCAGAACCUUCGACCUUAAUUUGAGGGGUGGGUCCCACUUGUGGACACCCUUGCAUCUUGCUGGACAUGCCUGCCACGUCAAUGUUGUGCAAGUUUUAAUCGAGGCCGGCUCGGAUGUCUUCUUGCGAAACAUCGACGGUCGAACUGCAAGGCAUGUUUCAAGAGGAAACCUAGCCAUAUCAAAACUCCUCAGAAAGGCGGAGGACGAAUGGCUUUGGUACCGCAUACACCAAGGAUUCUCUGACAUGAAGGAGACAGUGAAGCCAAUGGGAGAUGUGCAUGCGGCUACAGAACCAUUUGCGGAUGUUGCGAAUUCACCUCGCGAACUUCCUGGCAAGGACACUCACGAGCUCCUGGAGAUCUUCAAAGUGGAUGACGACGAAGAUGAUCCGAUUGAGGAGAUAGCGAAGAACAUUGAAGGUCCAGCCAGAAGAGGCUCCGGCAGUUCAGGUGCACCUGCUCCCCAAGGUCCACCAGAUCCUGCUGGACCACCACAGUUGAGGACUGCAUCCAGGCCGAAGAUGCAGCGGAUCACGGAGAAGUGCCAAGACUCCUAUUUUUCCAAGGAGGAACUCCAGUUCCACCAAAGGAUUAAUUUCUGCAAGCCGACCUCCGAAGAUGGCCUUGAAGGUGAUGAGGUGUUCGUCGAAGCGCUCGGCAAGCUGCUCGAAAAAGGGCCAAAGUACCGACUUCCUUACUUGUUGUCAAAGCCCUGGGUCAAGGAAGUAAUGCCCUAUGUGGUCGAAGACGACGCAAAUCACCAUCUUCUACUUGAUCCGGAGUUUGUUUGCAAUGAGGAUUUGCUGAGAAUGUUUGUGAACAACUUGCCACAAGACAGGCUUGGGUUGCUCGGAAAAAUGAGAAGCAGCGAUCAGGACAGUCUGCUUCACGUCAUGUGCAGAGGUGUUCGUUCUGCCACAAGCUCCGCUGCAGACUUGCUCUUGUUCCUUUUGAUGGCGUGCCCAAAAGGAACGUUUGACUUGGAGGCGAGAGACUUACGAGGACAGACCUGUUUGCAUCUUGCCUCACAAAGCGGAGACCUUGGUCUUGUGCAGGUUUUGCUGGACAACAAGGCUCAGCCCAACGUGCAAGAGGAAACUACCGGAUGGACCCCACUCCACUUCGCAGUAUCGAAGGCACACUACAGCAUCAUUCUGCAGCUGCUGCAGCAUGGAGACACUGAUGUCAACCAGGUUGACAAGUUUGAGUGGCCUCCAAUUCUGGAAGCGUGCUCAAGGCUUGAUGCUCGGGCUACAUCCCUUCUGGUGAAUGGGAAAGCCAAUCUGUCUUUCAGGAACCAGCACCAGUUUGAUGUGCUCAAAGCUGUUGACACAUCAAAGAAGGAUUUGGCGGCAAAGCGCUGGAUGUCCUGCUUGGUGGUCAGCAAUGGCUUCCGAUUUCAGGAGUCAACUGUGCAGCUAACGGCGGAGGACCGCGACACUCUCCAGCGCGAACAUGUCUCUUUCAACACACGGACGGUUCCAGCGACACGUCCUCCGUUCUUUGUUCCAGAUCACUUGGCUCCGAGAUGUCAUAGCUGCAAGGUCCUGUUCUCAGUCUCGGUUCGCCGCUACCACUGUCGGAGCUGUGGGCUGGUGCUAUGCGGCAAUUGCUUCAAGUGGAGGGGGAUCACUGUCGUUCCGCUGGAUGAGCGAAUCGCAGUCAAGGCUUCCGGACUGAAUGAAAGCCGUUUGACCGCGGCUGUUGAGAUGUCACUGGGUCGCGGAGGAUUUGGGAAUGGCUCGGGUGCUCUGUCGCAAAAGGUGUCAAGUGCAACUACAGAGGGGACAGAAAGUGCUGUAGCAAAGUCUGCAGCGGAUACUGAGACGAAGGCUGGAAUGGAGAAGGCCUCCGAAGGUGGUUCAGGCGGGCUGAACCGAGAGCGAGGUGGACAGGUUGCCCAAAAUGGCUCCAAUGGGAAUGCCCAAAUGGUUCGACUCUGUGCUCCAUGCAGUGCAUUCUUCGAGGCUCAAACUGCGUCUGUUGUGUGUACUUCCUACCUGCUUCGAGAGAUUCUGUCCUUUUCGAGGAAGAGGGUCUCAGAAGGUCACAAAGCCUCCUUUGAUUCGUGGGAAUACAAAAUCGCUCAGCAGUGCUUGUGCCCUGUUCAGAAAGGCACCAGCGUACUGCACAUGCAUUUGUUCUAUGUGGAUAUGCCAUCCACAGCACGGCUUUGCGUCUUUACAUCUAGAAAGUUGGGCGCUGCCAAGGCUGAGAUGGCUGAAUCAGAGGUUGAGGAAACUCCGCCGCCCCUCGACGGCACAGCACCGGAGGAGGCGGAGAAAAAGAAAAAGAAGAAGAAGAAGGUGAAAGAAGUCAAAAGCGUGUUCGAGAGCGUGCCUGCAGCUUCAUCUGCAGAAUUCUCUGCAACCAAAACGGUGAGCUUCCCUGGUUUUCCCGCUGCAAGUGGUGUUGGUCUGUGGCUUUGGACUAGAUCAAACUGUGCAAAGCUGUUAGCUGUUAGCUACGAGAAACGUGAGAAACUACAAGCUGUCACGUUUGCUUCAGACAAGGCAGUGAUGCGUUGUCGAGACUUGAGUGAUCCAGCCUUGCCUUCAAGAAAACUUAGUGCUGGCAGCAUCGGCAGCACUCCAUCAACAUGCUCACAGGAAACAGUGGAACUUGAGCCUGGUACAUUGAUUUCUGUUGGCCGUCGCUCUUUCGAGCUGCACAGCCUGCUUGGGGUCGGAAGCUUUGGAUCAGUCUGGCGCGCAAGUUGCAACGAUUCUGGGGCAACAGUUGCCCUCAAGGAGAUUUUGACUUUGAGCAAAGAGUCCAUGGAGGCAGCAAAGCUGGAGGCUCAGCGCCUUCAUGCUCUCUCUGAUUUACAGGACACACAUAGGUCUCCAGCCUUACCUCAUCUUUUGGCUGCUGCUACUGGAAAUCAUGGCACUGGCUAUAGAACUGUGAUGGUCAUGGAGCAAGUUGCAGGAGAGCCCUUGCAGAGGGCACUUGAGGGUGGCCAACUGUUGAUACCUAAUGGUCAUCCGAUUGCUCAGGCCUUCCACUUCGUGGGCGAGAUGCUGCAACAGCUGGCAGGAAUCAUGCAACCCUUGAGCCAGCGUUUUCUUCAUCGUGAUGCAAACUCGCAGAACAUACUUGUACAGGCAUCUUCUGGUCAAUAUGAAUUUGGUCUCAUCGACUUUGGCUUGGCCAUUGAUGCGACAUCCUUUAGCUGUGGAUGGCGUGGCCUUGGUGCCGCCGGGGAUGGUCGUUUCUGGACAACGUCUUCGUGGAUAGUUUUUACGAACGGUCCAGAUGCUUUGACCCAGGACUUGCAGUGGGAGUACAGAACCCAAUUGGAUCUCCACUCAAUAGGCGUUAGCGCUCUCCAAGCUCUUGUAAUUCUGGCCUUCUGUGAGGACAGUGGCUCACAUGAUGACCAUGUCGAGGUCAUUAUGCAAUCCCUGCGAGCGCUUCGAGAAGCUUGGACACAGUACUGGUGCUAUGCAUCAGAUUGCUGGGAGAGAGUCCUUGAUGCCUUCAAUCGAGAUGCUCGAGGGGAAGUGAAGGCGGAACUUAGACAGGAGAUGGUGCACGAGACCUUCGCGGCCCACCUUGUGAAUUUGCGGGAGAAAUUGGUGGAGGUUUCUGCCUCCUUGGAAUCAAAAGACAUGGCAGGUGGACUGUUGGGAGAUCCUGUGAUGGCAAGACGAGUGGUUGAGGCACUUUUGCUGAUGAUCACUCCUAGGCUAGAAGGGGAAGAUGACUGGGAGCAGGUCUUGCACGUCAUGGGCAUGAAGCCCAAAGUGCAGACAGGCUCUCCAGCUGUUGCUUUGGAUGAUGAGGUGCUACGAGUUGAAGCACCUGGAAAGUGGGAGAGGUGA